UUAAGGCGUUUUCAGCUUGGCUCCUUUCCCAUCUUUCGUUUCCGUUUUCAAGAGAUGAGGAUUGCUGCUGCUGCCACUUCAAUGGCGAUGCUCCAGCAAGCCUGCGCCGUCCCUCUCGCGCGCGCCGCCUCCGUGCGGCCCCUAUCCCUCGCCGCGGCCGCCUCGCCCUCCGUCCCGAGCUCGGCGCCCUCGACGGCGCGGGACCCGCGCGUGCUCCUCGGCAUGUCGGAGCAGCAGCUCCAGCAGCUCGCCGUCGACUUGGGUCAGCAAAGCUAUAGGGGGAAGCAGCUCCAUCAGCUUAUAUACAAGAGGAAGGUCAGGGAGGUUGAGGAUUUCAGUCAGCUGCCUCUGGCAUUCAGGAAUGAAUUGCAAGGAGCUGGAUGGAGGGUUGGUCGGUCACCGAUUUAUCGCUCUGUCACUGCAGCUGAUGGCACUAUCAAGCUGCUGAUAAAACUGGAGGACAACAGACUGAUUGAAACUGUAGGUAUACCCGUGGAAGAUGAAAACGGCUCGGUUCGACUUACUGCAUGUGUCUCAUCACAGGUUGGUUGCGCGCUAAAAUGCUCAUUCUGUGCAACUGGAAAAGGGGGCUUUUCAAGAAAUCUUCAGGCACAUGAAAUUGUUGAACAGGUGCUAGCUAUUGAGGAGACUUUCAAGCAUAGGGUGAAAAAUGUGGUGUUUAUGGGAAUGGGGGAGCCGAUGUUAAAUCUUAAAUCUGUUCUUGAAGCACACAGAUGUUUGAAUAAGGAUGUGCAAAUUGGGCAAAGGAUGAUCACAAUUUCAACGGUGGGAGUUCCAAACACAAUAAAGAAACUGGCUUCUCACAAAAUUCAGUCUACAUUGGCGGUCAGCUUGCAUGCUCCAAACCAGAAACUUAGAGAAUCGAUAGUGCCAAGUGCCAAAUCCUAUCCAUUGUAUGCAAUAAUGAAGGAUUGCCAGGACUACUUCCAAGAAACCAGUAGAAGGGUGUCGUUUGAGUAUGCCCUUUUAGCUGGAGUCAAUGAUGCAGAGGAGCAUGCCAUAGAACUUGCUGAGUUGCUGCAUGAGUGGGGGCGUGGUAAUCAUGUAAACCUGAUUCCUUUUAAUCCAAUUGAUGGCUCUGAUUAUAGGCGUCCAUCCAAAAAAGCGGUUUUGGCAUUUGCAAGUGUUCUCGAGUCCCGCAAAAUAGCAGUUAGUGUACGUCAAACAAGGGGCCUGGAUGCAAGUGCAGCUUGUGGUCAAUUGAGGAACAAAUUUCAGAAGAGUCCUCUGCUUGCCGAAACUGAUGAGAUGCAAUCCCAGCCGGAAAUUGCAAUGGCGUGUUAGACGGCAAAUAUCUUUGGUCGCAUGGUUCUAGGAAUUCGAAUACCACAUGCUCGACCAUUGGUUUCUGAGCGCAAGAGACAAAAUGGAAGUGAUGAAGCGUGCGCUAUGCAAUAGUCCAUUGCUUUAUCUCUGGCAUUUAUCCUGCGAAGCGGACACUUGACCACCUGAAGCCACUCGAGGGGAGGAAAGAUGGGUCAAUUUCUAGCAAGAUGAGGCGAUGGUACCACAUAAUCCACGAGCAGAGACAAGUCAUUUUUGCUGCAAAAGUUAUUCAGAGCAUUGAACGAAAUAGCCUGAUGAAGAACUUGAGUGACUAGCUGCUCAUGAUAGAUUUAUGAGAUUGUAUAUGUAGAUUGUAUGGGGAUCAAUUUCAAGGGAGUAACCUCUUGUAGUUUUAACGCCAUGUUUCCUUCGUGCUUAGCUUAGGAGGUAACGUCAAUGUGGACGUUGUAUACCACAAGAGCUUGUAAGGAAUCGCAAUAUUUUUGUUUUCGUCUUUAGUGUUCUUUUAGAUUUUGUCGGUCUAACUUUGACUUUCAAGGUUGUAAUAUUAUUUAUUUAAUUGCCUCAAGGGUCCAAGUUCCAAUCAACUGGACUGGACCUUCUAUUUUCUUCUUAA